GCGUCCGGCACCCCUCCAGACCCCGCCCCUCCUGAGAUCCCUGUGAGGGGCCCCUCGCAUCACCACCCCCUCCUGGCCGCCUCCCGCAGGGCGGGGGGCGCACCUCCCUCCUCCAACAACACGGCCGUGGCGCCUCCGUCCCCCCACUACCAAGACCACCACCAGGAGGAGACGUAUCAGCAACCUAACUCUAACGUCUUUCUCUCGCAGGAUAAGGAAAGGAAAAACAAGAUGGAAGGAGGAGAAGAUAAGGAGACGAGAGUGACGAAGGCCAGCAGCAACGCAGAAGGAAAAAGUGGGAAUGUUGAGCGGAGAAGCAAGAGAGAAGAGAGAGGGAGCAAGAGCAGGCAGCACAGAGCCAGCCAGACGGUGGACUCAGGCAUCCCAGAGGCCUUGGUGCUAGAAGCUGGCAGAGUCUCAGACUCCGGUGGCGACUCAGUGUUCGGACUCAGCAAGUCCUCGGCCCAUCCUAGGGAUAACGUGUCACCAGAGCCCAAAACCAGCCAGGUGUUACAGCCUAAGGGUAGCCAGCAGUCGGAACUCAAGGCGAGAACUUCUGACGAACCACAGAUUACCCCAGCGUCUGAAUCCAGGGUUAUCAGAUCCCCCGACGACUCCAAAAGCCGCUCGGCAUCAGAGCUCGAGCGACGUAACACCACUGAAGAAGCCAAAACUUGCAGAGAAUCGGGCCAUAGAGUUAAAAUAUUCCCGCAAGACCACAGCGCUUCCAGAACCUCGAAGCAUCCCAAGGCUUCUAGAAGCCCAGAAGAUCCCAGAACCAGUCAAGCAUCAGAGCUCCAGCGUUGCGUGGUUCUAGAGCCUCAACUGGACCGUGGGUCGCACCUCGGGCGCAGCGAACCAACGGCCCCAAGAACCCACCAGCCGCCAGAAGUAGAGACCCUGGUAACGCUGGAAGCCAGACCCAGCACCUCCAGAGCCUCGACAGGUAACACAGCAUCUCCAGUUUAUACACCUGUAGAGGACGAUGUAAUCCCUCGCCUGUAGUUCACCACCUAGAGCUCCUUGUGUACCCACGUAAGAGCUCUUUAUGAACCCUACGACGGACUCUUUUAUGUACCCAUGUUGAACCGUAUGCACCCCACGUUCAGCUCUAUGUGCCCACGCUCAGCGCUUUAUGUACCCACGUUGAGCUUACUGUGUACUCCACGUAGAGCUCU